CACCCGGAGCGGACGUUAGAGGAAGAGACGGCAGCGGCGUUGAAGGGGCCAUAUUUCACCCCUCAUAACAGACCGUUAUUUAAAAAUAAUACAGUUAAUACGAAACAUUUUAUAUUUUCACGUGGUCGUCCUUUAAAGUCUAGAUUCUUUAUGCUAUAAACGAAAAUACCGUGCGAGUUAGUUUAAUCGGUGGAAAGAUGUCGGCUCAGGCUCAAAUGAGAGCUCUGCUUGAUCAGUUGAUGGGAACGGCGAGGGACGGGGACGAGUCUCGACAGCGGGUGAAGUUCACAGACGAGCGAGUGUGUAAGUCUCACCUGCUGAACUGCUGUCCACAUGACAUCCUGUCCGGCACUCGUAUGGACCUGGGUGAGUGCUCUAAGAUCCAUGACCUAGCUCUGAGGGCCGACUAUGAGAUCGCAUCUAAGGAGAGAGACCUGUUCUUUGAGCUGGACGCUGUGGAUCAUCUGGAGUCCUUCAUUGCCGACUGCGACCACAGAACAGAGCUGGCAAAGAAACGUCUCGCUGAAACUCAGGAGGAGAUCAGUGCUGAGGUUGCUGCCAAGGCGGAGAAAGUGCAUGAGCUGAACGAGGAGAUUGGGAAACUGCUGGCAAAGGCAGAGCAGCUUGGUGCUGAGGGAAAUGUGGAUGAAGCUCAGAAGGUUCUACAAGAAGUGGAGAAAGUGCGCACUAAGAAGAAGGAUGCUGAGGAGGAAUACAGGAACUCCAUGCCUGCCUCCAGUUUCCAACAGCAGAAGCUCCGUGUGUGUGAGGUAUGCUCCGCCUAUCUGGGUCUCCAUGACAAUGACCGUCGCCUUGCUGACCAUUUUGGUGGGAAACUACACCUGGGCUUCAUCCAGAUCAGAGAAAAGCUGGAGCAGCUGAAGAAAACGGUCCUGGAUAAGCAGGAGCGGCGAAACCAGGAGAGACUGAAGAGGAGAGAGGAGAGAGAGCGUGAAGAGAGGAUGAGGAGGCGGACCAGAUCACGCAGUCGGGAGCGCAGGAGGUCUCGUUCUCGUGAGCGAGAGCGUGAGAGAGAGAGAGAAAGGAGACGGAGGAGAUCUCGCUCAUCCUCCAGGGAGAGACGCAGGUCCAGAUCUCGGUCCAGAGACAGAGAGAGACGCAGGAGACACCGGUCACGCUCCAGGUCUCACUCACACUCUCGCAGAGAACACUCACACAGGUCUUCACGCGACCGCCUCAAUGGGAGGGCGGAGUCUCGUCGCUCCGGGGACAGAGAAUCCGGGGAGCUCUGAGGGCUGCCCCCCACCCCCUCUGGCACAGUUACUACGGGAACUACACUGUCACCUGCCAAUAUUUGUCCCUCCCCCACCCUGACCCCUCCCUCAGCUUUUACAUUUUGUUUUAAUUGACCGAUACACAGAUGAUGAGGGCAGUGUUGGGUCACUGCUCUUUAAUCCCCACAGCACUGCCUUACACCAUGUCUCCCAGUGCAUCAUGGUCUUUGUAGUGUUUACACUCUGUGCUUGUGUGUGUGUGUGUGGUCAGCUGCAGCGUGAUGACCUAAACACAAGGUGCAGAUACCCCACAGUCCUGCAGGAGCAGAAGGUUAGAGCUCAGUGUGAUUACUUCAUGAUGGUGUAGAAUUCUCCUCCUUAUUCCUCUCUCUCUCUUCUUUUAUAAACCUGCUCUGGUUCUCCUCGUUCCUCUAUAACGCAUUAUUAAAUGAUUUUAUCAACACCA